GGUCUGAAUAUGCGUUGCUUGGCAGCUCGGGUCAACUAUAAGACUUUGAUUAUCAUCUGUGCACUCUUCACUUUGGUCACUGUACUUUUGUGGAAUAAGUGUUCCAGCGACAAAGCAAUCCAGUUUCCACGACACUUGAGUAGUGGCUUCAGAGAUGGAUUAGAGAAAAGAGCAGCAGCAUCUGAGAGUAACAACUAUGUGAACCACAUGGCCAAACAGUCUGAGGAAGCAUUUCCUCAGGAACAACAGAAAGCACCACCUGUUGUGGGGGGCUUCAAUGGCAAUGGGGGAAGCAAGGUGUUAGGACUCAAAUAUGAGGAAAUUGACUGUCUUAUAAAUGAUGAACAUACAAUUAAAGGAAGACGUGAGGGAAAUGAAGUCUUUCUUCCAUUCACUUGGGUAGAGAAAUAUUUUGACGUUUAUGGAAAGGUGGUUCAGUAUGAUGGCUAUGACCGGUUUGAAUUCUCUCAUAGCUAUUCCAAAGUCUACGCACAGAGAGCCCCUUAUCACCCUGAUGGCGUGUUUAUGUCCUUUGAAGGCUACAAUGUGGAAGUUCGAGACAGAGUCAAGUGCAUAAGUGGGGUUGAAGGUGUGCCAUUAUCUACACAAUGGGGACCUCAAGGCUAUUUUUAUCCAAUCCAGAUUGCACAGUAUGGGUUAAGUCAUUACAGCAAGAAUCUAACUGAGAAACCCCCUCACAUAGACCUGUAUGAAACAGCAGAAGACAAGGACAAAAAAAGCAAGACUAAUGACUGGACUGUGCCAAAGGGCUGCUUUAUGGCUAGUGUAGCUGAUAAGUCUAGACUCACCAAUGUUAAACAGUUUAUUGCUCCAGAAACCAGUGAUGGUGUGUCUCUACAACUGGGGAACACAAAAGAUUUCAUUAUUUCAUUUGAUCUCAAGUUCUUGACAAAUGGAAGUGUGUCCGUGGUUCUAGAGACCACAGAAAAGAAUCAGCUCUUCACUGUACAUUAUGUCUCAAAUACCCAGCUAAUUGCUUUUAAAGAAAGAGACAUAUACUAUGGCAUUGGACCUAGAACUUCAUGGAGCACAGUUACCAGGGACUUGGUUACUGACCUCAGGAAAGGGGUGGGUCUUUCCAACACAAAAGCUGUCAAGCCAACCAAAAUAAUGCCCAAGAAGGUGGUCAAGUUGAUUGCAAAAGGGAAAGGAUUCCUGGACAACAUUACCAUCUCUACCACAGCGCACAUGGCCGCAUUCUUCGCUGCCAGUGAUUGGCUGGUAAGGAACCAGGAUGAGAAAGGUGGCUGGCCAAUUAUGGUGACACGGAAGUUAGGGGAAGGGUUCAAGUCUUUAGAGCCAGGGUGGUACUCUGCAAUGGCCCAAGGGCAAGCCAUUUCUACAUUAGUCAGGGCCUAUCUGUUAACAAAAGACCAAUUAUUCCUCAAUUCAGCUUUAAGGGCAACAGCCCCUUACAAGUUUCUAUCAGAGCAACAUGGAGUGAAAGCUGUGUUUAUGAAUAAACAUGACUGGUAUGAAGAAUAUCCAACCACACCUAGCUCUUUUGUUUUAAAUGGCUUUAUGUAUUCUUUAAUUGGGCUGUAUGACUUAAAGGAAACUGCAGGGGAGAAACUCGGGAGAGAAGCAAGGGCCUUGUAUGAGCGGGGAAUGGAAUCCCUUAAAGCCAUGCUCCCCUUGUAUGACACUGGCUCAGGAACCAUCUAUGACCUCCGUCACUUCAUGCUUGGCAUCGCUCCCAACCUGGCCCGCUGGGACUAUCAUACCACCCACAUCAAUCAACUGCAGCUACUCAGUACCAUUGAUGAAUCCCCAAUCUUCAAAGAGUUUGUCAAGAGGUGGAAGAGCUACCUUAAAGGCAGCAGGGCAAAGCACAACUAGAGCUCACAACCAAAAUCAUCUGUCUGCCUCUGCUGUCCACAGACACUGCUGGGCUCUCAGCAAAGCUUCAGCACAUUUUAAAAGGUUGUAUACUGGGUUUUUGUGGCCUACAACAAAGUGAUAAGUGAUCCUUAAAACCAGUCUUCUGAGAUAGCUGCAUUCCAUGGGCUGGGUGUUUAGGUGGCAGUUAGAGCAGAGGAGUGUUUAGUUAAUGGGCUGAACAAAGAUGUUUUCGUUUACCUUAGUUAUUACUCUCUAUGGUUCCACAGCUAGACCAGUCACUCACCUGGGGAAAGAUCACAGUGAGGAGCGAUACUGGCCAACUGUCUGGCAGGUACCUGAAAACUUAGUAUGGAGCACUUUUAAAAUGUGACUAUUUAUGUUAAAAAAUUAAUGUGCUAUGAUACAGUAAAUAUGUACUUGUAGCCUGGAUAGUGGAUUGUGCAACUUUUUAAAAAGAUGUUUCUUUUCUAUAGAUUAAUUUCUUGGGGGCAAAUGAGCAUUUGUUGCACUAGUUCAAUUUGUGAUAUAUUGAGAGUAUUUUGAAUUUAUGGUUCUCUUGAAACGUGUAAAUUAAAAACACAACCAAUGUUCAGGCUUCACAGUUAUAUAAUGUAAGCACAACUAAAAUGAAACUUGUUGACUGCACAAG